GUAUUUAACCAAAUGUAACAUACAUUGUAAUGCCAGUUUAAAGAGUCACGUAAGACGUUAGGCUUAAAAUAAAAUAAAAAAAAACGCACACCUCGUGAUAAAACACAAUGCGACUAAUUUUCGUACAAAAUAAAACAAAAAACUACGCAACUCGUACGCAGCGGCCACGUGACGUAUUGUGUCGACCGCAGCGCGGGCUCGCGUGACUUUAGUCAGUCGCACCGCCACCGCAGUCGCACAGCGGUUCGCUGUUGCCCAAACAUGCGGCGUGUUUACAAAACAACGUUCGCCAGCGCCUGAGCUAGUGCAGUGCGAUGGGGGACUUCCGCGCCGCCGCCGCGCGAGCCCUGCUGGUCCUGGCUGCCGCUGGGGGCGCGCUGGGCACCGGCCUCGGGGAAUGCCCCAUCUACCCCCAGCUGCCAAACUUUGACAUCACUAGGAUGACGGGCACGUGGUACGAGGUGGAGCGCUCGUUCUACCUGAUGGAGCUGGCGGCCAGCUGCAGCCAGCUCAACGUCACGCUCAACGAGAAGGGCUACUUCUACAUCAGCAUCAGCACCGUCAAUCGAUGGACUGGGGCCAGCAGCAUAACGUACGCGAUCGGCAUCCCGAGCCACGCGGGCGCGUCGACGUUCCGCUACAAGGUGAACAACCGCAUGCCCUACCUGCUGGGCCGCCUGCUGCCCGGCGCCGGGCUCUACAACGUGCUGUUCACGGACUACGAGCGCUUCGCCCUCGUGUGGUCCUGCUCCAGCCUCGGCGUCGCGCACUCGGAUCGCAUGUGGGUGCUGGGCCGGCAGCGCGAGUUUGGCGCGGCGCUGCGAGCGCGCGUGUACGCCAUUAUGCAAGAGCUGCGCCUCGACCCCGACCGCCUCAUCGUGUCCAAGAACCACAACUGCACGCGGCCCCCCGACUGACAAUACAACUGUUUACUUUA